AGGAAGUUGAAAACAGAAAUAGAAACCGAAACUGGGGGUGCCUUUUGAUCAAAAAACAGCUGAACCAAACGUUUUAUAUGAGAAGGGAACUCUUGGUCUUAUUAACUGCAUGUCAGCAAUGUUAUAGCCAGGAAAGAAAUAUAGAAUCUACCACAACCCAAAGAUCUCCAUAAUCAGACCCUUAAAAGAUUCUUGUGAUGCAAUAAGUGACCAAAGCUGUGUUCAGAUGUCAGAGUUUUCAGACGACAGGGAGAAGGACAAUAUGGGACAAACAGAUCUGGGUUCAAAAGGCAAUAAAAAGGAAGAUACUUUCCCAGAUACUCUAGAAGGAUUUGGAUACAAGUUUAAUAAAGAAGGAAAGCUGAGAAACAUAGAGACGGAUGAACCCUUUAAGUUUGAAGUGAAAGAGGGUGAUAGGGCAUAUAACCAAAAACAUUAUGAGGCACUAGGAGAGGUCAUCACUGAGUAUAUCUAUCAUUUACUGGAGGAAGUAGAACUAGAGAGAGUUACUGUUCCUGAUGAUGCCAAAGAUAGUGAAGGUAAAAGUUUCUUUUUCAUGAGUAAGAAUGCAAUGGAAAGUGACAAGCUGAUGAUCCUAAUUCACGGCAGUGGUGUGGUCAGAGCCGGACAGUGGGCAAGAAGAUUAAUCAUUAAUGAUGAUUUGGAGAGUGGAACAAUGUUGCCAUACAUCAAACGGGCCAUGCAGGAAGGUUAUGGAGUUCUUAUCACAAAUGGAAAUGAAAACUAUGUGUGGUUAAACGGACGUAGAACAAUCGUCAGGGGCAGUGAAUCCCCAGAGAAGCACUUUUCCUAUGUAUGGGACAACUUCAUAUCAAAGGCUGUAGCUCAGACGAUAGUUGUUGUGGCCCACAGUUAUGGAGGAAUCGUCAUUGUGGAAGGGCUUCAAAGUUGUGAAGGUAUCAUGGAAAGGGUAAAAGCCAUUGCCUUUACAGACUCGGUGCACAGUCUGUCACACCAUAGGGCAGACAAGAAACUUAGAGCAUGGAUGAAAAAGCAUGCACGCAACUGGGUCUCUUCAGACCUCCCUCUGGAUACCGUCAUAGAUUACAAAGGUGCUGAUUGUGAGCUGGUCUCAGCUGGUACAAUGAAACAUGAGGUCACUUCACAUGCAGCUUUUGAUUCAAUCUUUAAGUUCUUUGAUGAGAAGCUUAAAGCUUCAAAUCAGACUGAUAGCUCUGAAAAGCAGGGUGACACAUCAGUUGGUCAGACCCCAAUGGACAGUUGUGGAAGUCUGUCUGAUGAAGCUGAAAGCAAAAUGGAAAUCCCUGAAAAUGAAAAUGAUGGAGUAAGCUCAAGCAAAUUGAAUGAAAACUCCCAGACUCAAGCUGAUGCCUCAGAAGAGCAGGAAGAAGCCCCCAGCAAAAUGGAUGAUUCCUCCCAAGUUUUGGCAGAUGCUACACAAACUGAAGAAGAAACCUCCCAGACUCAGGUAGAUGUGUCACAAACCCAAAAGGUGCCCUCAACCAAUGAGGAGGAUUCCUCUCACACUUUGGCAGAUGCCACACAAACUAAGGGAGAAACCUCCCAGACUCAGGCAGAUGUGUCUCAAACCCAAGAGGUACCCUCAACCAAUGAGGAAAAUUCCUCCCAGACUUUGGCAGAUGCCACACAAACUGAAGAAGAAACCUCCCAGACUCAGGCAGAUGUGGCACUAACUCAAGAGGAACCCUCAGGCAAUAAGGAGGAUUCCUCCCAAACCCAGACAGGGGAUACAAAGUCCCAGGCAGAUGAAACUCGCAUGGAAGUUGAUGCAGAUCAAAAGGGAACAUAAGUUUGAUAAAUAACAUUAUUUCUUCUGUGCAACAUUUGGUGAUAGUGACAUGCAAAACAAAUGUGAUAGGCAGGUGAAUCAUCCAGCUGGCAAUUCAAAACAUUGCAAUGUCUUGUUUUUCUCACGUCUGCCUUGUUUUCUUAUGCACCCUAGAGUUGCACAAUAUUACAGCAAUAUUUUAACAUGACAUUCUUUUAAAUCAUGGAAAAAUUUGAAGUUGAAAAAGUAAGGUUGACUGUAGCUUUGGAUGCUUUGCCCGUAGUGAUAGCCCACUACAUUAUUUAAGAAAUCUCUUUAAAAGCGAUCACCAGGUGUUUUUUAAACUAAAGUACAUUUUUUUAACCUAAAUUAUUCAUUGAUGACCUUAGAUCAAGAGAAUUGCAUUACUAUUAACCCUUUAAUUCCCAAGAUUUCAUGAGUAUUUCUCCUUACUGUCUGCCAAACAAUUUAUGUGAUGUUAGUUUUGAGAAUUUGGAAUUGGAUCAACCAAUAAUCCCCUAAUUGAUAUUUUCUUUAUUCUCAUUACUAGUCUGCUUGAUAUCACAUUGAUAGUGUAAGGAGAAAUUCUGUCUUGGUCACUAGUGGGACUUAAUGGCUUUAAAAAAAUUUUAAGAGUAUUAUCAACAAUUAAUGGUAUAAACUUCAAAGUUCUUUGUGUCUGAAACAGGUGACUUUAGUUGACAUCUGAGUAUAGUCAAAUAAAUUGUGUAGAGCAUUUUGAUUUAAGUUGAAUGAGUGGUAUUAGUAAGCAAUAGAUAGCUUCACACAUAUAUUGGAAACUUUGACAAAGAGCUCCCAUAGUUAAUUACCCAUCAAUUAACUCACAAAAACUAUUAUGUUGUAUGUGCUAUGACACAAAUUCUGAUAAAUGAUAAGUGCCACCCUAUUUGAUUAUCAGCGAUAAUGCUCUUCUUUUCCUUCUUCAAGCAUGACAUUAAAGAACAUGUAACAGUUUACAAAAUGUUUGUUGCUGUUUUGCAGAAUUUUAAGUCAUUCAAAUGUAUUACCACUUAUGAAAUGACACAUAGGAUAUACUUUUUUGUGUCUGCAAAAUAGCAUUGUAGCUAACCAGGGUAGGAGGGAAAAAACCUUAAAAUGUCAAAGCUUUAAAAGAGUACACACAGGGACACCAAAAAGUACAAUAAAUUUGAAAUAAGUAAAUUAGAAAUUGCAACCUGCAACAUACAAUAGAGAAUAAAAAAAGAAAUGAUGUUUUAAAAGUUAUGAUUUACUAAAUAUGUUGAUUUAACCCUUGAACUCCCAAGAUCUGAUUGUUAAUUCUCCCCUGUAGCUGCUACACAUUUCCUUGUAAAUUAGUUAUGAGAACUUGGUGCUAGUUCAAGAUAGCAGCUUCUACCUGAUAAGUUUGAAUAUUCUCAUUACCUAUUUUCUGAAGAAUGUAUGGAUAUUGUAGGGAGAAGUUUUAUGUUAAUCACUUCUGGGAGUUAAAGAGUUAAGCACAUGUGUCCACACAAGUAUCUUCUUGAAUUUAAGUGUCCAGUAGCUGAUGUAUUUCCUCUUUUAACUGAUGUUUUGGUAAAGAAGAUUUAAUAUUUUCCCCAGCAUU